ACUCUACUUGUCUAUACUCAGCUUCCUUUCUUUCAUUCAGAGAAUCGGAAAGGACUACGAAAAACUCAUUUUUUAUACUAUUACUUUUACAAUUAUACUCACAAUUUAAGUAAAAAGUCAUGUGAUUAGCAAUAUCUAGUGUAAUUUACGCAUUUACAUGUUUUUUAAGUGUUUAUUUUAAGUCAUACAAUUUAGUGUUUUGUUAGGUUAGGUUCGUACUAUGGAUAGUAACUGAGAAUUAUUUUUUCAAAUUUUUCAUAGUAAAAAACCGUGUAAAAUCAUGGAUUUUGUGAAAAGAGAGGACCAGAAUGUCAUGGACGAUGAUAAUUACAAGUUUUACCUCGAAAGCCUGCAAAGGUCACACCAGCUCGAACCAACUGACUACCAACACUCCUCACUAUCAAUGGAGCAACUCCAUCAAGCGAUGCAGUCCUCAGUAGCCAGCACAAUCGUUCACAACCUCGAACUACCUCUCUCUCCUAGACAAAUAUCAUCACUAAUGCUAAAAACGAACCACUUACAACGAAACUUGAAUUUUAAUGAGAUACCAGCACAUUUGCAACGAAACAUCACAUCAGAAUUGGAUCUAGUGCAUAACUUGAACGAACUACCUCAAAAUCUGAACAGGCAUGACGAUCUAUUAGGGCAAAAUCUUAGCCGGAACCUAGAUUUGUCUCUAAGAUCAUUAGGGUCUGAUUUAGAUUUGCAAAAUAACUUGAGUCAACUAGCCCAGAAUUUGAACGAGAAUUUGAACGCGGAUUUGAGUCGGAUAAGCGAUUUGAGAACGGAUAUGCCUCACGAUUUAAGUCAUGAGAUAGAUUUGUCUCAUCACUUAAAUAGGCAGAAUAUGGAUCAGGAGAUUUUGGGCCAGGAUGAGACGAGGCGGACUCCUAUAGUGAUGCAGGAUCCUCAUAUGUUGGAUCAAAGUUUGGGGCCAAGGUUGGUUGGGGCUCCGAUGAACGUUCAUGAGCGUUUGGACCAACAAGAGCAUAUGCUGCCAAUGCCUUUCCAUAUUAAGUCUGAACAGGAGGAUGACGGAUAUUUCUAUGAGAAUAUUAAUCCUGUCAUCAACAGUGUUUCGAGUUUAAAUGGUUUGCCUCCCGAACACGCGCAGCCGCAACAACCAGUCCACCCAGACAAUCAGAUGUAUGUAUACAACUCCCAUGUAAACGUUCCUGCAUUAAACUCAAUAGACCUUUACUCUAGAUCACAAAACUACGUCCAAAACUACACUAACAUAAGAGAAAAUCCCCAAAAUCUAGUCGUACAUAGACAGUUUGAGAACACUAGCCCUUACCAAGAAGACUUUAAAAAGUUACGCCAAGAUGGCGGUCUGAAUAGCGCGAAAGAAAAAUGCGAGGAGCCAAAAGAAAAUUUGAAACCGACAGACGAAAAUAAAAUAUACUAUUCGGAGUAUAACCAGAAUUUUUCUGAAGCGAAAAAUGAGAAUGAUUCUAGUGUACAGAAUAAGAUUACUGAAGAUAUUUCAAUGAAUAUCAAAGGGCAGUAUAUUUGUUAUAAGUGUAAUGAUGUUUUUCCUUCAAAAAGGGGGUUGAAACACCACUCGAAAUCUUGUUCGGAUAAUGAGCAAUUAGUUGAGAAAGUUGGCAAGUUCAGUUGUAGCCAGUGCGCUUACAGAUGUCAGUCUCCUGCAAUUUUAAAGAUUCAUGAACGAACGCAUUCCGGUGAAAAACCGUUUUCAUGCACGUUUUGCGAUUAUAAAUCUGGGCAAAAGAAUAAUGUGGCGAAACAUAUCUUAGUUCAUAUGAAAGAGAAGCCUUUUAGGUGCCAAUACUGCGAUUAUAGAUGUGCGCAAAAAAAUAAUUUAGUCGUUCACGAAAGAACGCAUACGGGUUACAAGCCUUUCGCUUGUCCGUUCUGCGAGUAUCGGACGGUACAGAAGCCUAAUUUAGUCAAGCAUAUGUACUUGCAUACGGACCAAAAGCCUUUUAGCUGUGACAUGUGUUCGUACAGAUGUGUCCAGAAAACGAAUUUAACUAAACAUAAACAGAGGCAUUUGAAUGAGAAAGAGGGUGAUAAAAUUGAUAUUAAAAACCAAAGUAAACCUUAUAGGCCUCGUCAAAAAUCGGUUAAAUGCCCCCAUUGUUCUUACCGGUGUGUGCAAAAAUCUAGUAUGGAGAAACAUCUACAGUUUAAACAUGGUUCUCAAGAAGAUUUCGAGAAUGGUCUGAACCUUAUGAAGAGUCCAGAAGUCACAGAAGAUACGGAAAGUAUAAAUUUGAGUGUGAAAAAAGAUUUUGAGUGCCAACAGAAGGAUAGUGUGAGUGAACACUCAUAGUUUUUAGUUUUACGGAGCUUUUUUACAGCAAAAAGGUGAUUUUGGUGUAGUCUAUUGCAUUUUUGGGGGGCUUUUUUAAGAAGUAAGGGGGUGUUUGUCAUUUUAUUCUUUAAAUGCUGUUAUAUUGUAGUUUCUCAUCUGCUCUGUAUUGGAAAAUAACCGCUGUACUCAGAGUCAUUAAUGGUUACUUAACCCAGUCCUUAGCAAUUGUUUUCGCAACAAAAUCGUUACUAAGGAAUAGUUUAAGUAAUCAUUAAAUGUCUAUGAGUACGGUAGUAAGGGUGAGGUAAUUUUUUUUUGCCCCAAUUAAUAUUUCAGAAAAAUCUUUUUUUUUUUUUACGUUGUCGAGUAAUGAAUGCAAUAGACUAUUAACUGGACAUUUUUUUCACAAUAAGCUCCAUGUCUUUUGUUUUUUUUUUUUACUAUAAUAUAGUGUGAGUAACAGAGAUGGAAGAUGGACUGUUUAAUACUAUUUUAGUUAUGCUAAAAAGAGAUGAAACGAUUGUAAGACUUUUAUAUAUGUUUUCAUCACAACCUUUAUUCAUCCUUGUUUAAUUAUCAUCAUGAGUCUGUUUCCGACCACUACUAGACAUAGGCGUCUUCAGUAUCCGGCCACUGAGCUUGAUCUUCAGCUCUUCGCAUCCACCUGCUUUCAAAAAUCUUUCUACGUAUCAUCACAUCAACAGUCUUUAAAAGUGGCCAUUGCUGACCAAAAGCCCUCUUCUCACACGGAGAAGGUUUGAGCAUUAAUCACCACGCUUGCUCAAUGCGGGUUGGCGAUUUCAAACUUAUAAUUUGACAUUAUAACUUUUGUAUGUCAAUUAAUGUGUUGGAAAAGGAUAGCUAUAUCGUUUUAUCUCUUUCUCGCACUCAAUAAUACAAUGAGCAGUCCGUUUUUUACCUUUAACGAAAUAAUUGUGAAUUUAAUAAUUUUCUUUUGUAAAUAUUAUCAAUAAUUAAUAUAAAUAAAUAGGUAGAAUUAAUUGAAUUACUAUAUUAUGUUUAUUGAGAUUAAUUUUUACUCGGAUUUUUACCAAUUUAAGUCAAUUUUUACGCGAUCAAAAGUCGAUACGAAAAUCCAGUUAUUAAUUGACAUAGCAAAUUCAACCUUAUCUCCACAGUAGUAAGGCAAUUAUUACUUCAGAUAUUUAAAAAGUACGGAGAAGAACGAACAAGAAACUCCAUCGUUCUCUUCAACUCUGUUCUUCUACUCUUUUUCGUCGUAUCAUCACGCCUUUUAUCCCUCAAGGGGUAGGCAGAGGUGCACAUUAUGGCACGUAAUGCUGCUAUACAAUGUUCACCCACUUUUUACCUUUAGUGUUAUAAGUGCUAUGUAAUAGGGGGCGAACCUAUUGCCAUAUACCGGGCACAAUUCCAGACUCCGUGCUAUUACCGAGAAAUUCAACUCUUUUUACAAAGUGUUAUUCGGAAACAACCCUUAUUGCCUAGAUAAUAAAGGUUAUCAAUGUUAGAUGUUGACGCAAACGGGAUUUCUAGCAGGGCUUGUCCGAUAGAUAA